CCGCAGCGCCCGUUUUAUAUCCGAUCCGUGGAAGCUGUCAAAGCGGAGCUGGCGAGGAGGCUCAGAACGGAUCUGUGACCGCUUGUUUAUCCGGAGGAAGGAAGAGGAGGAGGAGGAGGAGGAGGAGGCGGGGAGACUGGAAACUGCCCGUGUCCCAUUUCCUCUCGAGUGUAUGUGUAUGUGUGUGUGCGUGUGUAUCUGUGAGUGUGGGUUUUUUUUCCCUCCCCCCUCUCUGCUCCAGCCCUGGAUUCUCCAUGUUGGACCCGAUCUGAAGAGCAACUACGUUGCUGAUCCCUUUGCAUGCUGUUUACUUAAGGGUUUUGCAACUGAAGGAGGGCUGGACCGUAUCCUUCUCCGUUGCACUCCCCCCCCGCCCCGCUCCUCUUCCUCCUCCUCCUCCUCCCUGGACAUUUCCCUCCCCCCUCCUCCCAACCAAAGGAUCCCCAGGGGCUGUGGGAUUGUUAGAUGGAAAGCCGGUCUAUCAUCACCCAAGUGCAGAGGGACGAAGCCUUGGUGCUUUCAAAACAAGUCUUCGUGUCCAAAUCCUCCCCAAAGAAGCCUCGUGGCCGGAAUAUCUUCAAGGCUCUUUUCUGUUGCCUUCGUGCGCAGGAUGUCCGGCAGCCAGCCUUGGGUGGAGAGCAUGGUCCUCAUAAGGAAGAGACCAGCACCAUUGCCAAGUCUGAUCUGUUGCAGUGUCUUCAAUACCAGUUUUAUCAGAUUCCUGGGACGUGCCUUCUCCCUGAGGUGACUCAGCAAGACCAGGGCCGAAUCUGUGUGGUGAUUGAUCUGGAUGAGACCUUAGUGCACAGCUCCUUCAAGCCCAUCAACAAUGCUGACUUCAUAGUGCCUGUUGAAAUAGAGGGGACAACCCAUCAGGUGUAUGUGCUGAAGAGGCCGUUUGUAGAUGAGUUCCUGAGGCGGAUGGGGGAACUGUUUGAGUGUGUCCUCUUCACUGCCAGCCUGGCUAAGUAUGCUGACCCAGUUACUGACCUGCUGGAUAAGUGUGGUGUCUUCCGAGCCCGUCUCUUCCGGGAGUCAUGUGUGUUCCACCAAGGCUGUUACGUUAAGGAUCUCAGUCGCUUGGGUCGUGAUUUGCGGAAAACCCUGAUCCUGGACAAUUCUCCUGCCUCCUACAUCUUCCAUCCGGAGAAUGCGGUACCUGUCCAAUCUUGGUUUGACGACAUGGCGGAUACCGAGCUGCUGAACCUGAUUCCGAUCUUUGAGGAGCUGAGCGAAGCAGAGGAUGUUUAUACCAGCCUUGGUCAGCUGAGGGCGCCCUAAAGGGUCCUCCUAGCACUAUGCCUACAUGGGAACUUUUUCACUCAGUGCCUUCAGUAUUGGCCAAGAGGAAGGGAGAGGAACAGCCCAGUUGUUCCUUCCAACCUUACUCCAAGGCAGAUGCAAGCACUUUGGAGGCAAUAACCUGCCUGGCCCCCCACCCGCUGCCCCGCCACUGGGCAGUGCCAGAGCAGUUUACAAGCAGGGUAUGUGGCUGGAUGCCAGAUCCUCUGGCUUUUCUGCCAAAUGCAGGGACAUCCAAGAACAGACACCCCAUCCCCAAUAGCGCUCGUACCUAUGCACUACAGGGACCCAGGUGGCAUGAAGAGGGCAGCACCGUUUCCCCACAGGCCUGUUUCCUCCAGCCGCUUCCAUUUGCUGCAGGGAAAUUAGCCCUCUGGGUCCUGUCUUGGCAGUUCACGCUGCCUCCCUCCUUUUUGCAACCUAAAGCAAUGCCAAAUGAUUUGGCGGAAUUCAGAAGAAGUUGAACGAGGGGAAAAAAACAAUCAUCACCAUGACAUAUGCUUCCCAUUCCCCCCCCCCUUUUUUUUGGAUGGCCAUGGGACCUAGCAGGUUUGGGCUGGGUUCUGAAGGGAGGACAGGGAUUCACUCAAAAGUACCUCCGCUUGGCUCAUGUGUUCCUACGUGUCUUUUCACAAGUGUCUUCAAGUGAGACCCUGUCCUUAAACUGUUCAAAAGACCAGGGACUUUUUUUUUUGGUAGAAGAGGCUCUUCUUUGCCUUUGACACAGAACGAUAACAACACCUGGCUAGAAAGAGAUGAAAGCACUCCAUUUUGUGAGGCCUCCUGUGUUCUCCUGCCUUCAGCAUUUCCCCGUUAGAGCAGUCCAGCCUAUGCUUUCAAAGGUCUUUCGUGCUUGUUUUUCCUGUUGGCUUUUGGGAAGCCGUUAACAUCCUUUCAUGCCCUGUCUUGUGACUAGAAUGUGCCUGUAGGUGAAAUAUAUGGCUCAAAGGGAAACAUGCCCUAGCAGAACCGCACCCCCCCCCCGCACCUAAUAUAUGUGACAUACUGUAGGCAAGGACUAGGUCAGCCAGCCCAUCCAAACUUCAAGACUCCAUAUUGGUUUAAGACCAGCACUGCAGAUGUUUCUGUAUUUCUCCACUCAGGCCUCAUAUUCUUUUUGGGGGGAUGGGGAAGGAAACCUUUUGCUUUACUUUUUUAGCCAGUUGGGAAGCCACAUUUAUAGGGAAGCCUUAGGACUAUUGAUUUUCCACCUUUUUUUCAAAAGGAUGUGAUGGUUGCCCACCUCCCUGUCUUCACCGCCCUUGAGGGUAUCCAGGCCACCCAAGACAUAACUUGGUUUUCCACUCGGGGCUCAUACUAGGCCCUCAUAACGUCAUAACUUGAAAGCCUGGCCCUGCAGGUGGCCUCAAGGUAUGGUAGACUUAACAGACUAGGAGGAGAAAGAGGGUGCUCCACACAGGCACACAUGGCCUGCUCCUUGUCCAUUGACUUGUGUUCUUGUGUAACAAAGGGGUCUCCAUAGUCCUGCCUUCACUCUUCUGCACCCUACCAGCUGCUUAUGACCACCAGGGACUGUGCGCCCACCCUCGGUGCAGUCUGUGGGCCAGCCUACAUCCAUCAUCAUAUCAGGUGGCUUCAGCCAGCUCUGAGAAACCAAAACUUAGACCGAGGGUUUUGUUGCUUUUUCUAUUUCAUGGAGCUGUAACAGCCAUUGUUUCUCCUCCCCUCCUCCUCGGCCACUUCCUUUCCCCCUCCUGAGCAGUCUGGUACGCUGGCCUUCCUCGUUGUGUCUGAACAUGCUGUGAACAAGUGCUCACCCAGCCCCCGUUGGGGCACAAUCAAAGGGAAUUAACGAAGCCACCUUUCUUUUCUCCCUUUCCUUCCCCUAACCAGUGAAGUGACUUCAUGUUUUUUUCUGUUAGAGUUGGGAGGGAUAGAGAGACUCUUCAAAAUGCUCUUUUGGCAUUUUUAUUUCUGGUGCUACUGCUGUGACCCUGGAUUCAGGGUGUGAGUGUUCGGUCAUCUCAUCAUCUCAGGUGUGGGAAGCCCCCAAAGGACCAAAGUUUCCAAGCCUUGCUGUUGGUUGGGUGAGUGGGCAGCUCUGAACCAGACUGAAGUGUGGGUUGAAAUGCCGCCAUUCUUUGAAGUGUGUCGGAGAGGUAAUAGUUGACCCGAGUGAAUCAUUGUCUUGUGUGUCUUUGUGGACUAGGCUUCAACCAGAUACUCCAGAGGUAUCUGCUUCUCUCCUCAUUGCCCUCCCUUCCCAUAGGAGCCCUCGUUGCCUCAGCUGCUGAGGGUCUACACCUCUGUAGUGGCAGAGAGCAGAUCUUCAGCUUUGUAGAGAGGAGAGUUGGGAUGUUUUUUCCACACAGCUGUUGUUUCUCUCCAGCACAAAAAGCAACCAGAGCCUUAAAUGUUUCAAAGUUAAUGGAGGCUAGAAAAAACCAAAACGUCUUUGUUUUUCCUUCCUGGAAGGAAGACCGCUUUGUCUUUGCCUUUUGUCCACUGAGAAAUCACCCACCACCCAACCUCACAGAUUAUGCCAGCAGCUUUCUAGGUCCUUUCUUCAAAAUGAAACUAGCCCCAUUUUUUUUACAUUGAUUUGUUACAUUUAUAUCCCACUUUUUUUCCAACACACUGAAGACUGUGUAGAGAGCACUUUUCUCCAUGUUGUGUCAUCCCAACAGCCUUGUGAGGUUGGUCAGUCUCAGUAUAAUUGCUCCUAGUUACUCAGCUGUUCUCCAUUUCAGAAUCCUCCACCUAAUGGGAAAACAUUUUUUAAAGUAACAAUGACACUCCUUUUUUCUACACUUUCUCGAGGCUGGCAAAAAAUGCGCUCUACACACAGUUAUUCCAGAAUUUCUCUUUAGCUCAAAAGUUGGGACUAAGGGAAGAGUCAGAGAUCAAUCUCAUUUCGCUUGAAGGAGCCCAGCACAUAUGCUCCCCGGUUUUAACACACCAUGGAAAUUUGUUCAAAGUAAUGUGGAACUGGACUCCGUUGAAUGAGAUAAUUCCAUUCUGGUGAGGGAAAGGAGGGAAAUUGGUUAGGUGAACUCCCUUUCAUAGAAUAUCUGCUAUAUUGCCCAGGAAUGCACACUCCCACUCUGAGGUCAGACAUAGCUAAUUCUCGUUUACUAGCCAUAAAUGAUACCUCGGUCCCUUUGCCAAUGUUGGGAUUGUGCCUUUAUCAAACCCAACUGACGGUGAGUUUAAAAUGCCAGCCAAGAGGAAAUCCUUGCUCUUAACCAGAUUAUGCCUUUUUGGGGUGCCCUACAUACCUCUUACAGUACAUUAAAAUCAUUAUCCAGAGAGACAUUUUUUGUGCCUCUUGCAUUAAGUUCUGUUCUGCUUCCCUUUCAUGUAGGGAGUGGUGGCUCAUAUUUUUCAAGUAAUGACAGCCUUGUUUUCCCCCUUUGUCUUAUCCCCCCCUCCCCAUGAAUUGUAAAACAUUGGUUGCCUUUGUCACAUGUCUGCAUGUGCUGGGUUUUUCUGUCUUUGUUUCAAUUUUGUUUUAAUAGGAAAAAAAAAAACAAAUCCCAAAACUUGAAGCCGGCAUUGUUGCCGUUUCGAUCUUGUUCUAUUUUUGAAAUCUUUGUAUUAACUGCAAUUAAAGGAAUAAAAAAAGCGAGUGAACGGAA